GGGCCAUGGCCAUUUUCACAAUGGGGGCUAGAUCUUUUGGGAUCGUGCCCUACUGCUCCUUUGGGAAAGAAAUACUUGGUGGUUGCUGUGGAUAGAAGAUGAACCGCUCGACACGAUUAGAAGUGCCAAGAUUUAGAAGUUCUAGUUCAACAACAUAAUGAUUAGGUUUGGGACGCCCCAUACCAUCAUCACUUAUCACUAUAGUCAGUUUGAUUGCAGGACGAUUGAGAAAUUUUGCGCCAGAAACCCCAUCACAUGUAGCAUGGUGUCAGUUGCAUUACCCCAGGUCAAUGGGCAAGUCGAUUUGCCAAACAAGCUGAUCUUGCGAGGGCUGAAAAGAAGUUUGAAGGAAGCUAAAGCUGCAGAGUUACCACACGUACUUUGGAUGCAUCAUAUGAAUUACAAAAGAGCAACGGGAGAGACCCAAUUUGCUCUAACAUAUGGCUCCGAGGCGGUCGCGCCAAUGGAGAUGGCACUCCCAUCCCUCAGGGGUCCAGACUUACGACCCAAAAGAAAACCACAGAAAGGUCCUCCACCAGUUAGAUAUGAUAGAGACACGCCGAGAAGCAGCGCUGGUCCGAACCAUUAGGGAAAAUCCGAAGGUGGCAAAAGUUUACAAGUAUAACAACAGGGUGAAGCUCAGGCCACUGGAGGAAGGCGACAUGGUGCUGAAAAGAAAAUUUGAUCGGAAGGAAGGACAUGGCAAACUAGCCAUCAUAUGGGAAGGAUCAUUCCUCGUAAGGGAGAAGCUAGGCCCUGCCACGUAUGUGCUCGCCACAAUGGAAGGAAAGCCAGUAGCAAAGACAUGGAAUGCCAUCCACUUGAAGAAGUCCUUUGGGGGAGUAGAAUAAGAAGAUGAAUUGCAUGGACUCUAGACAUUUUGAACAAUCAAUGUGAUCGUAGCCUACGAUGUAUUUUGUUUGCUAACUAUAUCAAGAUAAUCAAAGCGCCUCUGAGCGAUGUCUUGAAUGAAAUUUUUGCACGGCCCGAACCACCCCAGACCGAUAGUUUAAAAAUUGACCCAACAAUUUAAAACGCCCCAAAGCGAUGGCUUAAGAAUUUCACAAUGCAAACAACCCUUGAGCGAUAAUUUAAAAAUUGUCUUCGCAAUUUGACCUCCCCAGAGCGAUAACUUAAAAACUUGUCCCAACAAUUUAACACGCCCUAGAGCGAUAAUUUAGAAAUUGUAUUCACAAUUUGGCUGCCCCAGAGCGAUACUUUAAAUAGUGUCUCAACAAUUUAAACCGCCCCAGAGCGAUAAUUUAAAAAUUGUCUUCACAAUUUGAACCGCAUUCGAGCGAUAAUCUACAAAUUAUCUUCACAACCUAAAACUUCCCAGAAGCAAUGCCAGUCGCUUACAAGGUGCACCUUGCAACAGACGCACGAAUAUCGUUAAUGGAUGCAUAAUAUAGGUACGUUUGAAAUUAACCAAGUACGCCACAAUGGACGCACUAAUAUCCAUUGCCUUAUGGCAGAAUUAGUCUUGAAUACCUCCAAAUGGAAGCAAAGCAAAAUUACAGACUUAGUUUUUUUUCAAGAAGAUAAAACAUAGACUAGAGCUUAGGCAUCGGCUGAUGGUUGCUGGUUCACUUCUUCUCCGUUGGCGUAUGCAACCUGAGUGCUAGCUCCGUAAGCGGCUCCAGUCGGAGUCUCAACAUGCUAGGAAUUCAUGUCAUCAUCGCCCCAGUACUCGACGGCGUCCCAUAUUGCAUGAGAAUCCCAGACCACCUCAUGGCGCUCGCGAUGAAACGAAUUACGAAUAGACGCCACAGUAUCCCUCAAUAGCUUGUACUUUCACUUCAUCAAAAGCCUUGAACUCGUCAGAGUCCUAGAAAGUGGCCUUCAUUGUAUCAGGCUAUCAGCCAUGUUAUAAAGCCCAGCCUCGCGGGUAUCUUCUAACUCUACCAUAUCCCUUCUCACCUUAGCCACCUCUUCGUCCGUCCCUUUUCUCGCAAAGACGCUUCGUGCACUUCCUUCUGUAACCACUCUGCAUUCUCCUCUGCCUUCUUCAAUGCAUCCUUGGCGGCGGCUAGUUUAGCAUCUUUCUCCAUGAAUGUGACCUCCUAUUCUUUUAAGAUCUCUUCCCUCGACUCUUUCUUAAACCCCUCACGGCCCUCUUUCAGUAGAUCUCCAAGUUGAAGGAUCUGCCUAUUACGGUCGUCCAGGUCACUCUAGAGGAGGUCGUUGUGAAGCAUCAUCUGGUUUAACCCGAACCGAGUUUGCAAGCCGCACACAGUUAGAAGAGAAAGCAAUUGAAAAAUACUUAAAAGACUUCAGAUAUAAACUUACAACGAAGAUGAAUCACACGGUCGCACUCGCCAGAUGCUUGGUAUCAGAGGUAAGGAAGGGGCUACCAGCAACUUGGGUAUACUCGCCUGGAAUCGCAAGUUCCUCCAAAAUAACGUGCAGAGCACGUUUGGCCACCGUAGGAUACAAAGACGCUUGAGAGGAGAAGGUAACAGUUGACGUGAGUUCCAUCAUCUUCUGCUUCUUCGACGGGAUAUAGGAAUCAAGAGGUGUAACUAGAGGAGUCUCAACAAGGAUGCCCUUUGUCAUAGCCUGUCCCGAGGUUGACCUCUUAUCUUUCAAAGUGGGAAUUUCCAAAGACCUCUUAGAGGAGCCUUUGCUCGAAGUAGGUUCAGACAGCUUGAGCACUCUCGAGCGGCCAGCAACAAGCUGUGUAUGGGUCGUCGAUGGAGGAACGAAUGCUUGAGCAUCAAGCUGAGGGUUGGGAGAAGGAGGCGAAGAUUAGACGCCCCGCUACCAGGCUUAGGCGGUCGGGCAGAGGAUGCAUAACGUCGAACUCCUGCAAAAUAAGUACAUAACUAUAGG